UACAUAACAUAUCCAUUCUAAGCUAGUUUGUUCGUCGUUUGUGGUGCAUCUCUGCCUUUUGUAAUUCAGCUCGGGAUUCGCAGUUGUCAACAAAUCAACAAAUUCCAGAAGUGACGAGGGGACUCGACUCCAUUUUCGAACGCGGCAGCCCGGGCUAGCCUGCAGGACGGCGGUAAGCUAGGUGGUUGCAUUGCUAGGCUAACUUUCUCUGCCAGAGCAAGCGGGCAUCUUGCGAUAAAUUGUCUCCCUGACGACACUUUCGUUGGCUACAAAAGACUCCCAGCAUGCUGAUGGUGGGAGGCAAUGGACGGAUGCACUAGAAUGAGUGUGAAGGAGCUGUGUGAGACCGAUGAUCUGGCCACCGGUUUGGUGCUGGACCCUCUGCUGGGCUUCAGCACCCACAAGAUGAAUAUCAGUCCCCCACCAGAGAUCCGGCGUUGGGGUAACCUCAAAGAGACCCUGUUGCGUUUUCAGCGUACGCAUGACUUCAACGCUACGUUUGAGGCACUGACAGUAGGUGAACCGGCUGGUGACUUCUUUGAUGCUUUGGGAAGCCAUCGACAGGAGCUGCUGAAACAACACGUGUACCGCUACCUCAGUGCCUUCCUGUUGGAUAAUGGUGUCAAGAUAGAGUCCUGUGACAGAUACUCCUCCGAGACCAACGGAGCAAAGAUAACCUCCACGAGGCAAUGGUUUGCAGGAGAGCGGGUGGAAGUCCUGCUGGGCUGCAUAGCAGAGCUGAGCCCUUCUGACGGCGCGGUGCUAAGAGCAGGAGUCAAUGACUUCAGUGUCAUGUAUUCUACACGCAAGCGCUGCACUCAGCUUUGGCUCGGGCCUGCAGCUUUCAUUAACCAUGACUGCAAACCAAACUGCAAGUUCAUCCCCGGGGAGAAGAAUAUUGCAUGUGUUGAAGCGAUUCGACCCAUCUCACCUGGGGAGGAGAUCACAUGUUACUAUGGUGCCAGCUUUUUUGGAGAAGGCAAUGAAAUGUGUGAAUGCUGCACCUGUGAGAGGAACGGAGAGGGUCACUUCAAACACAGGGGGAAGCAGCCUGACUGUGAGGAGACAAAGGACCCUUUGGGGCAGAAGUACCUCCUGAGAGAGAGAUAUCUUCGCCAUCACAGAGAGAAGAGGCCGAUCAUACAAGGAACACACUCAGGUAUCUUUAAAGCCAUCCCCUCAAGGAAUUCCUUCACCCAGCAGAUGAGGAGAAAUGCCUUAAAGAACAGAAAGUUUUGUCAAACAAAUAAGUGGCGACGAGAGAAGAGCAGGCGAUCGGGAAAGUCCCCUUUGAAGUCCUCCACAUCCCAACAGUAUCAGACACUUUUGUCCCAAUUCACUCUGAGGGACCUCACAAUCCGAGUACGGCGCCACUCGGUGGAUUUCUUACUCAAGUGUAAGGAUCCGAAAAGCAAAGAGAGGACUUUGCUUCAACAACUGGAAGAAGAGAACCCAGAAGACAACGAGCGGAGUGAACUGAAUUCGGCGGGUGAAGAAAAUAACAGCAGUGAGGUAAACUUGAAGCCUUUCUCCAUGCCGGUCCACCAGGAAAGUGGACCUGCAGCCAGCAGCGCAGGCCUACAUGGGGAAUCUGUUAAAGUCGUGGCAGUUCCCAAGAGGUUCUCUUCAAGAACAAGAAGCAUGGUGCAAGCCACGCUCACGCAUCAAGUCGGGUCCGGUGACACGGCCAACGCUACUGUGUGUCACCCCGUCGAAAGUGACAAGAACUGCAGUGCAAUAAAACAAGACGAGAUUGAAAAAGUAAUCGCAGAGAGUCAAAGCAACAAGUCCAGCAGCAUUGAAUCCUGCAUCGUUGUGAAGGUCCAACACCCAGCACCUGUGCCGACAGAGCACAGGAUCACCAGAGCUUCAUCCUUGAUAGAAGUCACACACGGAACGAAGAAAGCCACAGACAAUCCACUAGUAUCGCUGAAGCAAUACCUUACGGUCAGCCUAACGAGGUUGUCGGUGUCGCGCGUGGAAGACGAAAGGAUCUCCGAAGACCAGAAAGGAGGAGUGGAGUUGAGAGCAAGGGCCAGGCAGAGCCGGUGUACUGGACCAGCACCUCUGACGGGGAAGUCAGAAAAAAGAGUGUCCAGAUCUCAGCAGAGACUGGGAGGAGGUUCAGAUAUCUGCACAGCUGAAGGUAACAGAGGCGUGAGGGAAAUGUUUUUUAAGGCCAUCGAUAAAGUUAAUUUAGGGACGCCACAAGCAAGUGACUCUGUUUCUGAUUUAUCCUCCUCAGAGAAAGGGGUGAAUGACAAGGUUAUUGAAAUUCAAACAGUGUCAGAAAAAAAAGACGACGUGCCGAAAGAGCAGCACGAUGUUGUAAAAUGCAAAAUUGAAGAAGAGACAGAAACGAAAAAUACCGCAUCUGUAAAUGUGGGAUGUAAAAGUAACAAGGCCAUAGAGAAAGUGAAAGAGUCCCAAUGCAAAAUAGCGCCCCGUGAACAAACGAAACGAGAAAAUAACCAGCAGUGUGUUAAAAAUAUAGUUGAGCAGGGUGUUGUUAAAUUAUCCGAACAAAUGGCCAGUAGUGUGAAUAAGCGGCCAGACAGUCGGCACGAAGAAGAUGUUGUCAUAAAGCAGGCUAAGGUUUUGCUGUCUGAUAUUUUAAGAAAAGAUAAGUCUUUAAUAGAUAAAAGAUUACACAGAGAUAUCGUAGGAAGAGUGUUUCCUACCUCGGCCUCUAAAACAAUGCAAUGUGCCAAGGAGGAGGAGGAAGCGGUUGAACUAAAUGGAGGCAGGUACCACAGUUCAGUGCAGAGGAGGAUGAUGAGCAGGCGAAAGAUGAAGCCGAGAGCAGCGAAAACAAAAGUGCAGCAAAGCACCAGGGGACACGUGAGCACCGCCGCCGCAGCUACAGUGAAGACCGAGUGGAGCGAGGACAGUUUGCAGCUUCAGUCGCCACCGAGGCACGACGACCCUACGGCCGGCUGCCGAGCCCCGCUACCUCACAGGUCACUCGUUUCAACAAAAGCUAUGACUAAUCUGUUUCCAGAUACCAAUACACAGGCACACAUACAAUCCAACAUACCUCUGAAGAAACGUACAUUUCGAAGUUCUGUGGAAAUAGACUCUGCUUCAGAUCAAGCUUCCAAAGAAGCCACUGAUCUAAAUUCGUCUACAGAGCUGAAACAGGAAGCCGCCGCGUGUUCAGAGGAAAGUAGCAAAGGGAACCAGCAAGCUAAACGCAAACAAAGGACAACAGAAGUCCAGAGGUUAAACCCCCAAAAGACAACGAAACUAAACUCCUUCAAGCGAGUGCUACGGUCCCGAGCUCCUGAAUUUAAGCAGAGCGAUUCAUUGAGGAGAGGUCAGAGGUGUAAAAUAGAGAGGCUAGAUGAGGAUGACGGCGAUAUGGGUCAGGCGCCGCACAGUGGGACGUUUGCGGAGGACAAACGAGCUCCCGCUCGAAUCCAAAAGCAGCAAAAAAAAGAUCCCGCUCCGAAUAGAACUAAAAAAGAAGACGAGGUGGAAACGUUACUCCAGCAAAGUAGUUCGGAGGACACGAAGCCAGACAUCGAUUUAAAGAUCCGGUUUAAGAGGAGGAGAGGGAGAGUAUGGGAGAUGCAAGGAGCAGGAUUGGAAAAUUUUGCAUUAAAAACCGAAAAGGCGGACGAGUUGGUGACAUGCGACCCCUUUAAAGCGAUUAUGGAUUCUGUUUCAAUUUUAAACAUGGAGAUGGAGGCAGCUCAGGCACACGUGCACGCUAGUAAGAAGUCCAAGAGCAGAUUGCAUCAUUUGAAAAAAAGAGGUCAGAGGUUAUGCGACAGGAAUACCACAAAUGCAUCCUCGGAUGUUAAAUCGGAUAAAGAGCUAAACAGUGUGUGUGGACCCAGUGAAACGCCCAGUGACAAAGUAGAAAUGAAAGAGAAGCUUGAUAAGGAACUUGUAGAUGAGGUCAAGGUGCUGCCAGAAAAAAUUGAGAGUUGUAAAACUGACAUGGCAACUGAUAUCGCAGUUGUAGGGAAAGAAACAAAAAUUGAAGAUCCUUUUGUGAAGAAUUGCUGCUCGUUUGGAACCGGCUCACAGCCCAAACUAGAGCUUAAAUUAGAUUCAAAUGGGUUUCCGUUGCCAGUAAUCAAACUGCGCAGAAAGACGGAGGAUAUUUGGGAGGUGGACAGCAAAGAGGGGCUUCUACAAACUGUACUUAAGGUCGAGCCCAGUGUGAAGAAAGAGAUGAAGGGUCAGCAUUUAGAGAAACAAAAGAAAGGAUGUCUUGAUACGAGCAAGCUCAAAGAAGAGUUCCCGUCACAGAGACUGAACAGCACCACGGCCCACCUCAAAGCGGAACCGCCCCCUUUCUCCCUGUCUCUGUCCCCACUGUCUCUGUCCUCGCCCCUUAAUGACAAUAAAACCGAAGUGAUAUCCUCGGUAGCGGACGCAAUCGCUGGAAGGCCGGAGGUGAACACUGGCGGAAGGAAACAGAGGCACAAAGUGGAGAGACCGAGAAAGUGCGGUCCGGUUGAGACACCCACCACCUGUCUGAGUCACACCCUCCAACAGAUUGACAACAGUCUCUCCAGGCUCUCCGAGGGCUUGUGUUCAUCACAGACGUUGGAAAAGCCAGCCGCCUGUCCCAGCGCUCCCAAUUCUGUCAUCCAGCCGCUGUCCCAGUCGCCUCCAUUCACAACGGCGGAUAACAUGCUUUCCGGUGAGCCCAGCUUCACAAACUGCUGUGAUGAUAUUCUGGACUUCCAGUGUCUCAACUUUGAGGGUUAUUAUCAACCCCAGAACAUACUUCCGUCUUCCCCAUCGGAUCUCUGUUCACUCGAUCCACCAACGGAUCCCUUCAGCAGUCCCCUCUCUCACAGCCCGUCUGACACGUGGACGACUGAGACGCCGUACAUUGGCCCUCCCAGUCCAGGAAAUAACUUUACCAGUGAGGAUCUGCAGUUCUUUCCAGGUCUAAUUUCUUCCAAAAGCGACUCUAUUCCUGUGGAAUGUGGAGUGAGGGAUACCUCCAAAGACCGAAUCCAACACAACCCCACGUUCAGUUUUUCAGGUCUUAGCAACUCUGACUUCACUGCAAAGGAUCGAAUCCUAAGUAAAAAUCCAGGCAUGAGGCUUCCCAGAGAAGACCUCAGAACUCCGUCCUAUCCGGUAGCCAGCAAGCCUCGGGUGUUCGGUUCAGCGCAAUCCGCUGUUCCAUCUCACUCUCCCGUUACUUUAACCCAACCCUUCAUGAACGCCAGGGCGAGCACCAGCCAAUCAAAGGUCCAGGCGAACAUUAAAACCCAGGGCCCCUUCCAUCGGACCAUUCCCAGUAAAUCCCAGUCUUUUUCAAGUAUGCAGCCAAACGCAGUCCGAGGAAUGCCCCAGAGUUGCUUAACUAAAUCGGCCCCGCCACCACAGAUGUCCAACAGAUUCCUCCCUCCUCAACUCUUCACUGUGAAAAAUCCCAAUCCUCCUGACAAUCCAUUCAAGUUCCAUGAGAAACCCUCGACGGUUAUUCACAGGGUGCUUAAGUAUCAGGGCGGGAACCCGACGCAGAACUUGUACAGUGCACCGUGUAAAGAUGCCAUGGCUGCUGGCAGCCCGACCAUCGCGUCCAGAACACCCAGUGAAAAGUCAGGUGCCUUUGAGAGGACCCUGCAGAGUCCGAAACUAGGUGCUGGUACAGACGGUCAUCACAAAGACAAUGUGACUGUUCAGGGGUUUGGAAAAGAUGUCGGCCAUCUUGGUUCCUCCGGCAACCUCGGCAUGUCCAAUCCUCAUUACAACAAACCCAACUCCUCUUUCCCUCAGUCUUUUAUCAAAAGUAAAAUGUCAUCUGACAAACACGAAAGUGUUGAAACCAACAUGAUGUACAAAAACCUUUCGGCGCUGCCCAGACCUUUCUUUUUCCCGAGCAAAACUUCUGAUGGUUAUUCAUCGACACAUGACAAGAAAUCUACUCCGUCGACUUCAGACAAGCAGCAGCAGCCGUGUUACACUCAGCAAGACCCUUUUGACUUUAGCUUCGGCUCGUCUCUGUCGCCCAUGCCUCAGCACAACAACCCCCAAAUGGCCCACGGUGCACCUUCUGGUACGCCAGCGCCAGCAAACAAGACUCAGUCCUCAACCUCCUCGGCCUCGUUCCCUUACGGCUGUCAAGGUCCUCCCUACGUACUGAACUUCAGCGGAGAUCAUUCAUUGACCCUGGGUCUCAGGGACGGGGUUGAGGGUUACCCGGGAUUAGGCUCGACAAACUACACCUACCAUUGUCUGAUGGAACCUUCAGGCACCCAAGGGCGACUGGUCCUCGAGUCCUGCGGACCCCAGUUGUCCAACCCAGCGUCUUUUUCAUUGGGUGGGUUUUCAGGGCUCAGAGGUCAAGACGAACAAUGCAGGAAGGACAUGCAGCAACAGUGCCAGCCGGGGGAACACCAAGGCACUUCUCACUAUGGACCCGCACCGUCGUCUCACUCCAUGGGUGCCACAAAACCCAAGAGAGUGAGGUUAGUGGUGACGGAUGGAACAGUCGACUUAGAUCUCCAGUACUCGGAUUGAUUUGUACCCCCUAGCAUCACUGGAUCCCCUAAUCCAAUAUGUUUUUGUAAACACUGUAAUUCUUAGUCUACCAGUUAUUAAAGCCCGCCUACGGUUUUUUAAAUAAUUAUUUUGAUGGACUGUUAAUGUAUGAAUGGCUUGUACAUAGUUGUAGGUAAAGCGAGCGUAUUGCCGUGUUUUAACUACUGUAUGAUUUCUGUAAAAAUUUUUUUUAAAGAAAUGAAAUAUCCACUCCAAUUUGUUAGAGAAUACCAAAUUGUGCGUAAAAAAAAUGCAUAAAGAAAACCGCAUAACAUAUAUUUGUGACUAGAAUUUGAAGUGACUGGCUCUGUUAGCCCUCUUACAUACUGUAACAUAGCUGUACGACUUUUUCUAUUCCACGAAUGGCAUUAGACGGGAGCGCCGCCGCCGGUUGCUGGUACUCGUGUUGGUUGGAUUUAAGAAGGCAGCUUUGUGCCUCGUUCUUUAAUAUGUUCUUGUGACUUCUCGAAGCACCUGUCGAAACAGUUCACACCCGUUUUUAUACUCAGUCGGAUCUUUUCUCACUUUGUGUGUGUGUGUGUGUGUGCAUGCAAGGCAGGCAGGCAAGUCUUGAGGGAUCAAAGUAAAUUGUAUUGUCGUACUGUGACUGUUGCUCUGCCAGAUUUUUAGUAAGAUCAUUCGUGCAUCAAUGAAAUGAAAGGCUUGUGCAUGAACGGUGUACAGUAAAAUAAUUUCCUGACCUGAAACUAUAUAUAUAUAUAUAUAUAUAUUUAAGGACAACUACUGGGUGAAGACAUGAAAUGCAGCUUUUAACAGCUGCUCCUUUGAGUACUGAUGUGGAUGAGUGAGUGGGAGAAACUAAAGCAUGGUUGUUUUUUUUCAGGCCAGUUGUGCUUAAUGAAUUGAGGUAUAGUACAAUGUCUUUUUAAUGGGAGUUCUCCCAGUUGGAAACAUUUCGAUAUUACUCAAGAAAAUCUGACAAUCUUCUCACAGAGUAACUCACGUUUGUCCUAUUUUUCCCCUUUUCUUUUCGUCUUUUUUGUUGUCGUCUUUCUUUCAAAGGAGUUAAUUAUUACUAUACAUAACGAACCGAAGGAUAAGUUAUCCAUCACCUGCAAUAGUUCCUGUCUUUGUUGUUGCUGACGGAGCUACAUGUUAAUAGAUGUUUAUAUUGUAAGCAGAGUUAUUUGCUGUAGAUUGUGGGAGUCACGUGAGCAUUCCCCUCAUGUCACAAUGUACUGUAUGUUGAACCCUUUGACAUCGGUGGGCGGGAGUGUUCACUGUGACUGCACAGGCUUUUGUUCCAUCUUGAUAAGGAAAGGCCAAUUAUUUAUUUUAAUAUCCUCAUCCUUGAAAUGGUGCUUUAAUGUAAUUUAUAUUUCACAUUGAUUGUUCAAACUAUUACAUGUUUUUUAUUCUUAUUUAAUGGGACAAAAUACUGAACUGAAUAUUUACAUUGAGUAUUUAAUUUCACAGCCUUUGACAUUUUAUCCAAUGUUUCAGUUGUUACAAGUAAAGCGUUCUGUCUUUUUUUCUAAUUGGCAGUUAGUCUUGCUGAAAGUCUGCUGUAGAAAUGUACAAAUGUAGCCUAUAUCAUUAAAGACACUUAAUUCUUUUUUUUUA